GCACUGUUUAGGGUUUUUGGAACUUCUUGCUCCUCUAUUUACUAACUUUUAUUUGGUACUGUUUAGGGCUUUCAGUUUUUUUUUUUUCUUGAUUGGUUCUUGAGUUUUAGUUGUCUUGGGGUUUAGUUUCGUGGGUAUGAGUUUAUUUAUUAUUGUUAUUACGGUUUCUUUCUGAUUACGGAAGAAUUCGGUUGGCAAUUUUGGUUUCUUUUGGCAAUUCGUGUUGGAGAUUGGGCUCUGGUGUAUUUUUUUUCUUUCUUUUAGAAUAACUUUUGUGUUCCUACAGCAGCUAAUUUUCUCGGAGUUUUGACAGACUGAGCAAGUGAAGUCGUAAGAUGUGACUUUGAACUUUGAAUUUCCGCUGUUUCAGUGGGAUUAUGGUGUGGUAGAGAGUUUUGGAGGGAAAAAUGGCAGCGGAGUCCAACUCAGGGUUUCACAAAGAAGAAAUCUUGGGUUCUGCUCAUAGUCGACACUCGAUAUCCUUUCAAUCUGAUGCAAUAAAUAGCUCAUCUGAGAUCAUUCCGAUGGGAAGUUAUUAUGCGAUGAAUAUUAGUCCUAGUACUGUAAUGUUACCUGGGAGCUCCAGCUUGAUUAACAGCAGUCCUCCUGGAAUAGUUCAUGUUCAAUCUGUCAAUUCUUCUGCUUCUUCUCUUCUUCUUGAUUCUAAUCCUGGCCUCAAGCAUGAUACGGGCUUGGCUGUAGAGUGGUCUCUUGAGGAACAGCACAAAUUGGAUGAAGGCCUAAAGAAAUUUGCUGAUGAGCCCAGUAUAAUGAGGUACAUCAAGAUCGCGGCUACCUUGCGUGAUAAGACUGUACGUGAUGUUGCAUUGAGGUGCAGAUGGAUGACGAGAAAGCGAAGGAAAGCAGAGGAAUAUAAUUUGGGAAAGAAGGUCAAUAAUAGGAAGGAUAAGCUGGUGGAAUCAUCCUCAAAGAUGACUUUAUCUUCAGCUGUGCCGCAGAACAUAACUGCAUAUCCAUUAAUGAUGCAUCAAGUAGACCAGGGCGAACCUUUGCAUUUUGAAGGAUUAAGUGGUACAGCCAGGCAUCUCUUGGAACAAAAUGCCCAAGUUUUUAGUAAAAUCACUGCUAACCUUUCUACCUUCAAGUUACAGGAUAACAUUGACCUCUUCUGUCGCACGAGGAGCAAUAUUGCUGCCAUCCUGAAUGACAUGAGAGGUAUGCCUGGCAUAAUGAGCCACAUGCCACCUCUGCCUGUAUCUAUUAAUGAGGAUCUUGCAAAUAGUAUAUUACCAAGCACAACUCAGUCGAUAAUGUUUGGCUCGCUCAGUGGGGUCCAAUUGAAGCAGGAGCCCAGGUGCUGAUGAAGAAUUUUUGUGGUUGAUUCAAUUUAUCUGGUCUGUGUAAGUACCAAAAUUUUACUACUGUAAAUGCUAAGCAGUUUGGUAGGAGGCGGUUCUUCCUUUCAUGUACACAAAUCGUCACACAUACGGGUCCCACCAAUGGAAAAAUUUGUAGAGAUCCCAUUUUUGGAACCUUAAGUGUUUCCCUUGCUAAGUAUCGAACCAAGCACCGGAUAAUAAGAAUGUCGACUGCCCAUUGUUCCUGCACUCCA